UAAACUAAAGUUUAACUAGCGGCGUGAAAGAUAUUCAGCCAGUUGAUAGAAUAAAAUGCAGUAGUUUUCAAUGAUUUCCAGAACAUUCCCAUUCAUAAACUUUGGUCUAGUUUUAAGGGCUCUGAAAAUUUUCUUUAGUGCCGCCGUUUCUAUAUGCGCCUAUACUCACAUUUUAUUUUAAAUAAAUGUAAAAUUGCUUCACAGAUUCUAAUAUUUUCAGAUCAUCAUGCCUAAUGUCAAGUUCUACUACUUCCCCCUCAAGGCCCUUGGUGAGAGCGUUCGUCUACUCCUCGCUUAUGGUGGCCAGGACUUUGAAGACAACAGGAUUUCCGAGGAGGACUGGCCUGCGUUUAAGCCAUCGACACCUUUCGGCCAGAUGCCGGUACUAGAGAUCGAUGGUAAGGCUUACGCACAGAGCUUUGCCCUCUCCCGGUACCUGGGCCGCAAGUACGGCCUCUCCGGAGCCAAUGCUGAAGAGGAUCUGGAGAUCGACCAGAAUGUCGACUUCGUUAAUGAUGUCCGUGCGAAGGCUGCUACCGUCGAAUACGAAGCUGACGCGGAAUUGAAGGCCAAAAAGCACGCGGAAUUCAGUAAGGACGUCUACCCGGCAUUACUUGAGAAACUGGACGAGAUCAUCAAAAAGAACAACGGACACAUUGCUGUUGGAAAGCUCACCUGGGCAGACUUCGUCUUCGCUGGAAUGUUCGACUACCUAAAGGUGAUGCUCCAAGUUCCAGACCUAGAAAAGAAAUACCCAAGCUUCCAAAAAGUGGUUGACGCGGUGUACUCUCAGCCAAAACUCCAGACCUACAUCAAGAAAGCACCUAAAACUGAAUUUUAAAAUAGACAAUACUUUUUUGUUAAUAAAGUUAUAAUUUGUGAAUGUAUCCGAUUUCUCAAAUGUAUUGUAAUAAAAAAAGACAUUUAAAUAAGAAUAGGCAAAAGUAAACCGAGUUAUUACUGGCCACUAAUUCGAUAUUUAAAAAAAAUUAGUACGCUUU